AAUUGUUUUUAUCUUUGUUUGUUCGUACUUAUUAUGAGAGGAACAAAAUACCUAUCAGAAUGUCAACUUUUCUUGGGCUUAUUAAGGAGAUACCGGGCAUCUCAGUGGAUCGUUUUGAUGGAGAAAACUUAACAUCCUCCAUAUUUUUUCUUAGUCAUUGUCACUCUGAUCAUAUGCAUGGUUUAUCAGAUACAUUUUUUGAGUAUAUAGAUGAAUAUAAAAAAUGCUUCUAUUGUAGCCCUAUUUCAAAAGCAUUGUUAGAAAGUAGAUUUAAAUUUAAAAGUUCUUGUGUGAAAGAAAUAGGCAUUAAUAUACCCAGUGUUAUAGAAUAUAUAACAGAGAACGAGGAAAAGAUCCUCAUUUGUGUAACUUCUAUCCCAGCAGGACAUUGUCCUGGUUCUGUGAUGUUUCUUUUUGAAAAAGAUAAUAUAUCGGUAUUAUAUACUGGUGAUUUUCGUAUCAAUCCAAUAGACUUUCCAAAAUUAAAAGGUCUGCACUAUUGUAAUGAUUCUAAAUCAAUACCUAGAACAUUUACUAAAAUUUACUUAGAUACAACGUUUUUAAGUACUGACUUUCCUGUUUUCCCUAGUAGACAAGAAAGUAUGCGUAGAAUAUAUGAAGUUACUAAAGAUUGGAUAAGCAAAGACCCAAGGAAUGUUGUUAUUCUGGAAUGUUCUGCUACAUACGGUUCUGAAUUUCUUUUUGUAGAACUGUCAAAAAUGUUAGAUAUGAAAAUACAUGUAAGAAAUGAUGUGUUUGAAAAUUAUUGUCAUAUUGCACAAUUAUCUUGUUAUGUCACAAAUGACCCAGAUAGUACUUCAAUUCAUGCUUGCAAGAAAAAAAUAUCUUCGCCAGGUUUGCGUUGUAGGAGUGAUGUAAGCAAUGCAAAUAUCUUAACUGUUAUCCCGUCUGUAAUGAAAUGGAGAAAGAAAGAUACUAGCAUAAUAGGAGAAUGGGACAAAAAUAAAGAAAGAACUUUCAGUGUAUGUUAUUCUACUCAUUCCUCUCUUACUGAACUUAGAGCAUUUGUUCAAUAUUUUGAAGCAUCGGAGAUAUACCCAUGUGUGAUUAAAACAGAAGAAGAAAGGGAAAUUUUUCGCUUACUAGAUACUAUAAAAAAUAAAUCAGAUGAAAAACCAAUAAUUAGUCAAAAAUAUAAAUUAGAGCUUCCUAGUCGUAAAAUAUUAAGUAAAGUUAAAUUUAAAUCUGAAUAUUUUAGUAGUGAUGAUGAUAGUUUAUGAUAUUCAUUUAUAUUGUUAUCUAUUAAGUUGUUAAUUGUUGAUACAUAUAUACUAUUACACAAUGGCUUUUAUUACUAUGUACAAUAUUGUAUAUCCUUUUAUUACAUACUAUAUACAUAACAAAAAACUUGUACUUUUAAUAAACAUAACCAAGUAAAAUUUUUUAGUACUCUUUUAUUUUCCAUAUAUGUAUUCAAAUGUUUUUAAGUUCUUGAAAACUACAUUCAUACUGUCUAACAUAUUGGAGUGUCAAAUUAUUUCAAAACAUUGUGAAAUGAAUAAAAUUUCAUGUUGCAGAAAUUUAUUUGCAUCUUUAUUAUUGAAUAUAUCAUCUAAACCAUGGAGAAAGCAGCAUUAGCACGAGAGAAGGUAUGGUUUGACAAACCAUC